UUCACAAACAUCAUUCACACUUUCACGAGACACUGGCACCAUUACUUAAAUGUGACAAAACUUGGAACGUUCGUAGUAAAAGAUUCCUUUAAUUGUGCGUUUGAAUGUCUACGACUUCCUUCGUGUGUAUCUGUGAAUCUGGCUUCUAGCGAAGGGUUUGAUGGGAAACUUUGGUGUGAAGCACUGUCCUCUGAUAAGUAUAGAAACAAAGCAGAUUUCCGCGGAAGCGAAAGUUCGCAUCACUUUUCCAUCAAGGUAUAGUUUCAUUUACAUAAUUCUUUUGCUAGAGGUCUUUUUAUCAUAUCUUGAAUUUGCAUGUAAUAUCUUGUAUUUGCAUGUAAUAUCUUGUAUUUGCAUGUAAUAUCUUGUAUUUGCAUGUAAUAUCUUGUAUUUGCAUGUAAUAUCUUGUAUUUGCAUGUAAUAUCUUGUAUUUGCAUGUAAUAUCUUGUAUUUGCAUGUAAUAUCUUGUAUUUGCAUGUAAUAUCUUGUAUUUGCAUGUAAUAUCUUGUAUUUGCAUGUAAUAUCUUGUAUUUGUAUGUAUAAUGCAUUCACUGUUCCCUAGAUAUGCGAUUCGACAUAUUUCUUCUGAUCGAUGUCUGUUAAUCGCAUCUUGCAUUUACAUGUAGAGUACAUUCACGGUGGCUUUGGAAUUCGGCUCUCUGUCACCGGCUAUGAAUUCGAUUCACUGGGUAAGAAGUGGUCAAAACAUGGCGUUAAAGAGUCAAUUCCUAUGCAAAACCUCUUUUUUCUUAUUGAAACACGAUUUCUGAUUUGUAGCUGUCGAUUUCCGUUUGCAGUGAAACGACCCUUCAAAAACGAAAUAUAUAUGAUAAAUAUUUCUCGCGCAGGAUUGGCAUCAUCAUAAUUAUUCUUACCACCUUUGUAUCUAUCUAAUCGUUUAUUUUUCAUCCAUUUUAAUUCCUUCGUACACUAGUCACCUUGUUCUUCUUCUCCUUGUCAAAACGGUGGUACCUGUUUUGCAAACUAUCGAAGGGACUCAUUUGAAUGUAUCUGUGAGGAAGGUUUUAUCGGAAGAUUUUGCGAAACAGGUAGGCAUAAACAAUUUAACAUAUCGUGGUCAAUAGAAAUGUGUCACUCAUUAUUACUACAAUGAUAGUAAUAAUAAUGAUAAUAAUAAUAAUGAUAAUAAUAAUAACUUUUGUUAUUAUUGUAAUUAUUUUUAUCAUCAUCAUUGCCACCAUUGCUGUGCAGUUUAAGUAAGUUUGGAAUUUGACCGUGCUAAACGUUCAAUGGCUUUCUGAUCAACCAGUUGAAGACUUCCUCUGAUCUGUUAAGAGAAAACAAGAACGACAAACAUUUUUCACGGUGAGCUAGCUUCAAAAAACAAUCACAGCAGUUUCCCUAAUUUAUUUCAUUCUUUCCUUACUGUGUACAUUGAAUAAAAGUCCUAAAUAGAGAAACAAAUAUGUAUUGGUUUUCGAAGCUUGAAGAAGAAGGCGCUAGGUUAAGACAAUUUUUCAUUUCUGAGCAAAUGAUCGAUUAGUGGGCUGUGAGUACCUUUGGGCGUUGUAAUUAUAUCGAUUUCAGAAAAAUUUCAAUUAAGCUUGAUGAUGGUUAAGAAUAUAUGAAAGUCAUAUAUUUAGCUUAAGGAGUUGAAUAAAAUGGGGAUAAUAAAAUGAUAGAAAUUACAAAGUAUAAAUAACUGAAAAAUAAAUGAAAAAUAAUUCUUACAUUUAAGAUGAUUUGAUAUAACAUCGUAACAUUCCCUUUUUUAGGUGCGAGGUCAUGCAAGGAGAUCUAUGAAUCGAACUUGUAAGUCUUGGAGUUUUCUUUUACUACCACGGAUUCAUAUUUUAUGGAAGACAAUAGAGUUAAGAUGGAGCUCAAUAAGGUUUAUGCAAGAUUUAGGCUAAUUUGUGUACGAAAAAAAGUUAAAAUCAGUUGCUAUUACACCAAAAAAAUUCCGCUUCUGUUUACCCCUUAGGACUUUUUCUUUAUUACAAUCCCGAUUAAGUCAUACCUCUCUGCAGUCUUCGCUCAAUAAAAUAUAAUUUCAACUAAUGCUGACAUCAUACACUUCAUCUUAAGAAGAAAAUAUUCCCUAUUGUCGGAAAUUUGCUUAAAACAUCAGGAACAACAACGAAGGUCAUCGGCUGCUUGAAAAUACUGCUGAUUGGCAUGCGUGUUGAUUGCUUUGCAAAUUAUGAGAACAUCGUGCCCCUCCCCCACAUCCAGAAUGGUCCCUUAAUCCCCUUGCAGAAACUCUUCGACAGCCAGUGCUUAAGAGCUUUAUUGCAUUUUUUAUUAUAAUGAAGAGUUGGAAAGUUAACUGGCAAGAGCUUCGCUUUUAGGCUUGUUUAAUCUAUAUAUUGCAUCUAUGCAGUCUUCGGUCUCUUACCGGCAGCCAUUUCUACUAAAACGAAUCAAUCUAAGUCUGUUUCAAGACCACUCCAUUUGACUCAUAAUGAAUAAAUUAUGUUAAGCUGUUUAUUUUACUUGUGUGACGGGUUGCUGGGCAAAUGAGGAGAAGCCGCGUUUUGGAGAAGUACUUUGGGUGGAAAUUUGCUUUCUAUUUUUAGGGGGCUAUACAUUCCUUCACUUUAGAAAGGAGACCAGUUUCUAAUUUCGAGGGCUUUUUCUGGGAAAAACAUAAUCGAACAAAAUAAUAACAGCGAAAAUGAAUUGCCCACUACUACAAUAUUUUUGUACAUUAACUAUAUAUCCAGUGCACACAGAGCAAAUACUAGAGUUUAGUCAUUGUGAUUUUUAUGACAGGUUUAACACAAGUCAGUCUGCGACCCUCCGUUUUGACUUAUCUCCAAUUUCUGUUUAUUGUCAUGUGGGAGAUUUGGGGUGUGGAAACGGGGCAUGGACAACUGUUAUGAAGAUUGAUGGUACCAAGGUAUCAUUUGUAUUCAAUUUGAGCCAUUAGUUUAUCUCUAGUAGAAAUCGUUCUGAGCACUGUUCUCACCAGUUUAAGCGUUAUUUCAAAGCGAUUUUCCUGUUUGCGAGAAUGGAGCCAAAUAUCAGCUGUUAACACUUGUUUUUCCUUCUUUGCUUUCUUCCAAAACCAAAUUAAUAAUAACGGUAACUUUCACGAUAACGAUAAUGAUGAAAAUGAAAGAUGUUGCUGUUCAAUGAAUGGCACCGAUAUACCCGAGGAGAGAAAAAUCUGAUUGCUCCUUAUCCUAACAGGAGUAAAUCCUAUGCCCUUUUGAUUACUUCGGAUGCUCUACCACUGAGCUAUAGGAAACUCGCGGUAGGCUGGGCCAUGUAACAAGAUCCUUAGUUACGAUGAAAAUGUUGGUUAGUAGAAUGUGAUGUGGCUAGUGAUGCAGACUUAUAUCCAUUUGUAUGAUAUAUUUCAAUCAUAGUUUUCCAUCUGCUUCAUUAUUUUACGAAAAUGCUGUCUUUUCUCUCAGAGAACCUUCCAUUAUAAUUCUACAUACUGGAGUGAUGAACGCGAUUUCAAUACCCCCGGUGGAAACACUGGAUUUGAUUCCGAAGAAACCAAACUGCCAACCUACUGGAGGACGCCAUUCACCAAGAUCUGUCUCGGUAUGAAGAUCGACCAAAAAGUCAACUUCAUUGUAAUCAAUCAUCAUUCCAGUUCUCUGUUCUCACUGAUUGCGGAUGGGCAAUACCGUGCCACGUCACUUGGCCGUGACACGUGGAAAACACUGAUUGGUUCUCAGGCAUCCUUACAGAAUAACUGCAAUAUCGAAGGGUUUAAUGCUAUUGGUGGCUCUGCAUCUCAUUCUAAAGCAAGGAUUGGUUACAUUGCAAAUGAGCAAAACGAUUGCAGCUCAUGUGACUCUAGAAUAGGUAUUGGGACUGGGGGAUACUCGGAUGACGGUAAUACUUGUGGUAAUAGGGCCUCCCACAACCCAGACAACGGGGUAAAAUCUAUUAAGGUCAUGGGCUACAUCUUAGUGCAAUAA